ACGUGGUGAAAUGUCAGUUCAUCAGAUGUCAAUCGAUGCGAAUUGUUAAUUUUACUUACGUUACCAAUUAUUUUUGUACUUACGCUAUUUGAGGAAAUUAUAAAUAAUAAAAUGUUCUUCUCACCGUUCAUUAUUACAAUAUUAUUGUCAUUAGUCAACGGAAUAUUAUCCAAAAGCGUUGAACUCACCUUCGAACUACCGGAUAGUGCAGUAGAAUGUUUUUAUCAAGAAAUAGAAAAGAAUACUUCUGCGGCUCUAGAAUAUCAGGUAAUUACUGGAGGUCAAUAUGACGUGGACGUCAAAAUAGAAGGGCCCAAUAAGCAAAUAAUUUACCAGCAACAGAAAAUGCAAUAUGAUUCUCAUCAGUUUACUGCACAAAUAACAGGUAUUUACAAAGUUUGUUUUAGCAAUGAAUUCAGUACAUUCUCCCACAAGCUUGUGUACAUGGAAUUAAAUGUGGGUCCAGAGAAACCUUUGCCUGGUAUUGGUGAUCAUGCAACUGUCCUCACUCAGCUGGAAACUUCUGCUGAAGAAAUUCACUCAGCACUCAACAGGAUUAUUGACCACCAAACCCACCACAGACUAAGAGAGGCCCAGGGCCGCAAGAGGGCUGAGGACCUCAACGAGAGGGUGUUCUGGUGGUCCAUGUGUGAGACCCUAGCAAUAGUAUGCGUGGCCUUUGCUCAAGUCAUGGUAUUAAAGAACUUCUUCAGCGACCGACCUACAUUAUACAAUAAAAUGUAAUGCAUAGUGAAUUAUAGUUUAUUUAUUAAAACAUUUCUGGGUUUA